CUCGGAUCGGAAAGGUGUUGCAACAGGCGAGCUCUUGCGGAUCAGGCUUGCUGAAUUGCCUCUUUUCUAUUCAGGACCCCCAUGGUCUUCUCCCGGUGACAACGGUACUCCUUCUAGAGAAUUGCAGCCGGAGGAUUCUCUAGAAGAUUAGAGAAUGGCUUCUCAAUAUGCGGCAGAGCUUUGUAUGCUCUUAGUCGAAGACAAUUUCGGCGAGCUUUUCGGGCGCAUAUUCUCGACCUUGCAUCGAUAUGAACGCCUCACUCUGCCCCGACUUCUGGGGCUCACCCGUCUCUCUGAGAAUCGACUACGGGCAGCCCUUGUAGCCAUGAUCCAGCAUCAUCUCGUUCAUUUCUAUACUGCCGUCGAGGAGGGUGGCGUCACCUAUUACAGCGCAAAUAUGCAGGCGGCAUACUAUCUUAUCCGAUCAGGCAAAAUCCUGGAGUUUGUCGAAGAUAGACUAGGAAAAUACGCUGCCACUGUCAUGUCAACCAUCAUGUAUCUUGGUCACGCACAAGUAAGCCAUCUCGAUACCCUGCCGGAGCUGCGAUCGGACGCCUCGAAGACCAACGGUGUCAACGAAGGGGAACAUGAUCGGCCAGAAGGAGAAAACGAGACGAAUGGGACGAAUGGUGAACAUGUUUCAGACCAGCCGGCACUCCUGCAUCCGACACUCAAAGCACUUGCAGGGCAUGGUUAUAUUGUUCGUGUUCGCGAAGCGCACUUCCAAAGCAUUGCUGAUAAUAUCCUCAACAUUGAACGUCAAAUAAGGUCAGGGGACUCCGUACAAAGUAUGAAGGGAAAAAAACUUGAAGAGUUCGUGGUGGAGAAGACGGCCGACAUGCUCAAGGAAAGACUCGAUGGAGAUCUUACGCGUGGACUUAUUGUCAACGGAGUUCCACGGGGUGUCAAAAGGAGCCAAACCAACGGAGUUUCAGAUGAUAAUGAAACAGAAAAGGCCCGAUUCGACUACGACGAUGGCGAAGACGAAGACGAAGAGAAUGAAUGGUUGGAUGACGAAGUCCCCAUGGAGUCUUCAUUAACGGUUCGUGUGAACUACGAAAAGCUGGACGUUGCGCUUCGAAACCGGCGUUUUCUCGAACUCGCCGAACGCGGCGCACCCCCAGAAUCAGCUCAAAUAUACGACUACCUCCUCCGGCGAAUUGAAUAUCAAACCAGCAAGUGCCGGGACGCCUCCGAGAUCCCCCGCGAAGGUGAAGAAGGCGAACAGUACUCGGUUCCUAUUCCCCUCAGUGCUCUUGCUCGAGACAUCGAUCCUUAUCUCGACCUCGCAGGUUCCCUUGGGCCAACAAACACCCCCGCCAAUAACCGACUGGGCAAACGCACAUUUGACGACACAGUUGAUGACAACGACGAUGACCACGGAGCUACUGGCAACCGCACCUAUGAAAUAGACCAACACCUCUCACUCCUCGCCCAACCCCCACUCAAUCUUACUUCCAAACGUCUUAAUGGUGGCAUAAUAAAUUGGACCGUCGAAUUCCGACAUUUAGCCCGUAAACUUCGCCACCUUGAACUCGAACGCAUCGUCGAGGCCCGGUACGGCGACGUUGCCCUCCGGGUGCUCCGCGUCCUGCAGGCGAAAGGGAAACUAGACGAAAAGCGCCUACAGGAAAUCAGCCUCCUUCCCUUCAAAGACCUGCGUCAGGUCCUCGCAUCCAUGCAGACAGGCGGCUUCGUCGACCUCCAAGAAGUUCCGCGUGACGCGCAGCGUCAACCUUCGCGCACGAUUUACCUCUGGUAUUACGACCCCGACCGUGCCCGGGACAGCAUGCUACAGGAUACAUACAAAGCUAUGUCGCGGUGUCUGCAGCGGUUAAAAUUCGAGCGCGGCCGGUUAAAGGACUUUCUCGAGAAAACAGAGCGCAGUGAUGUCAAGGGGAACGAGGAGCUCUAUCUUUCGGAAGGAGAGCUUGAUAGACUGCGGGAAUGGAGAGCCAAGGAAGCGUUGUUGAUUGGAGAAGUUGCCCGGUUAGACGAUAUGAUUGCUGUGAUGAGGGAUUAUUGA